CGGGGGACACCCGGGACGGUUGUUUGACAUCCAUCCAUCCAUCCGUCCGUCCGUCCAUCCAUCUCGGAUCUGAACCCCCCCGUGUGGACAUGGCCGACGUUCCGCAGCUCGUCAAAAUCGGCAUUUCGCUGAAGAUGCUCCCAAACAACACCGCUGUGUACUUCAAAUCUGACGGAGCCCGGUUCGGACAAACCCGAACCAUCAAACUGCUCACCGGCUCCAAGUACAAGAUCGAGGUGGUGGUUAAACCGGGAGCGGUCGAGGCCACGUCGAUGAGCUUGGGCGGAGUCACCUUCGCCCUGGAGCAGCAGUCCAAGGACCCUCAGUCGGCGGUCUACACGGGCCUGUACGACACCGAGGGGGUGACGCACACCAAGAGCGGCGAGAGGCAACCCCUUCAGAUCGCCAUACAGUUCAGCGAGGCGGGCGCGUUCGAGACGGUGUGGCAGGUCAAGUACUACAACUACGGCAAGCGGGACCACUGCCAGUGGGGCAACAGCUUCAACGGCAUCGAGUACGAGUGCAAACCCAACGAUACUCGCACGCUCAUGUGGGUCAACAAAGAGAGCUUUCUUUGACAGCUGCGCGCGCACACGUGCAAGCACACGCGCGCGUUGGCGCAACAGCAACGUGUGUAGCGUGUUCGGCACUGCCAUUUUUUUUCAUGCAAAUGAAUUUUUAAAAAAUGAUAUAAGCAUAUAUUUUGCUCGAAAAUGAUGUAUGAUCAAAUCAUUUUGCUUCUUUUAAA